AUGAAGACACCUAUGCGCCAUGGGGUCGCGGUGCUUCUCGUGCUCCUCCUGUGCGCCAGCUUGUUCCUCGUGUACAACGGCAGCUUCGGCGGCGCUUCCAGGGACGCCAACGACACGCGCGUCCGACAGCACGAGCAGCUGCGGCGGCCCACUGAAGCCUCCGUCAGGGUGGCCAAGCCUCGCCCCCCGGUCCUCCAGGGAUACAGCGGCAUCAUCGACCAUAAGCCUCUCAGGAUGCACUGCCAGACCUGCGCCCUGGUGACCAGCUCGGGUCACCUCAUCGGAGGCGCCCGGGGCGAGGAGAUCGAUCAGGCCGAGUGCGUCAUCCGCAUGAACGACGCUCCCACCGCCAGGGGUUACGCCCGCGAUGUCGGCCGCCGCACCUCCCUGCGCGUCAUCGCUCACUCCAGCAUGCAGAGGGUCCUGAGGAGUCGCCACGAGCUGCUCAACGCCAGCCAGGACGCGGUGUUCAUCUUCUGGGGCCCCAGCAGCUACAUGAGGCGCGACGGGAAGGGCCUGGUGUACAACAACCUGAGGCUGAUGAACCAGGUGCUGCCCAAACUCAAAGUCUACAUCAUCUCCUGGCAGAAGAUGCUGCAGUUCGACGAGCUCUUCAAGAAGGAGACGGGCAAGGACAGGAGGAUAUCAAACUCCUGGCUGAGCACCGGCUGGUUCACCAUGACCAUCGCCCUGGAGCUGUGCGAUAGGAUCAAUGUCUACGGCAUGGUUGCCCCGGACUUCUGCAGGGAGCCUCAGCACAACUCUGUCCCCUACCACUACUACGAGCCACGUGGUCCAGACGAGUGCGCCAUGUACAUUUCUCAUGAGCGUGGGCGGCGGGGCAGCCACCACCGCUUCAUCACGGAGAAGCGGGUCUUCGCCAGUUGGGCUCGGACUUUUGACAUCCACUUCUACCAACCGGACUGGAGCCCCCCGCCGCUCCCUGCCAACCGGACGCUGGAGGGGACGGGCACAGCUGCGCCCCUGGUACCCCAGAAGACGUGACCGGUGUCGCUACAGAGACACAUUUCAGAAAAGCCGAGGAUGGGGGUAUAUUUGCAUCGAGGGCUUUGGACCCUUAACAAAAAGGAGGCGAGAAAAUAGCGCAGAUAAAGACUGGGUCUGGCUGAUCCUGCUGGACAUUUGUUCUGAACAUUUCUCCAGCUCCAUCGCUGCAGCUGCAGCUGUGUGUUUUGUUUACAGAGGUGAACCAGGCCAGACCAGUUGUACGUCAGUUUUUGAAAACACUUGUAAAGUGAGAGUUACACAAGGAGGCAACAUCAUGACACACUCCACUCUCAGUGCAUGCAUGCAGUCUUACUGUGGAUCCUCCUUGUCUUUGUGCAUACGUGUGAGAGUGUGUGUAUACAUAUGUUUACCAGAGGGAUCACAGAGGAUACAAACUUGAGUUCAGGCUCUUCACAAAGCCUCUGUUGGAUGUAGGAUCUAUGCAGGAUUCGCUGCUUACACGUCGCUGAAAGAAAAAUACCCUUACAGUGCCGGUAAUCUAACAACGUAGUGCUGGAGACAUUGUACGCUGAAUACUAAUAAUAGCCCGCUGUGGCUGGAGUUAAAUAUGGCCGUGUGAAAGUGUGAAUUAUCACUGUUUAGAUUUUACAUUGGUUUUCAGACCCCUGUGCCGUGAAAGAAAGGCUCAAGCGCCUUCAGAGCAAGAACUCACUCUCCUGACUUUCAUAUAUACUGCGUUUCAGAUGUGUGUGUUGUAAACGCACUAGAGUGUCACACAAGGCAAACUUCAUGGCUGAAGGACAAGUGUUUGCCAUUAACCUGGAGCUUUUAUCUCGCUCGUGCGCCUCCUCCGCCCAGUACGUAUGUAUCAUAAGGCUUUGUUGGCUCCUGUCGCCAGUUAAUAGCGCGAUUUAUACAGCUACAAGCUGGAUUUCCAUGUAAAUGCACAGCUGUGUCACACAAGACAAGCUGGAGAUUAAGAUCGAGCGCAGGGAUGCAGCAGGGGCAUCCAUCCUACUAUAUUCAUCUGCUGCUGCUUCCGUGAGCCCGAAUCGCCUCGCAGGAGAAUUACACCGUUUUUUGUUAAACUGACGAGUAUGUGAUCUGUCACUCUUCCCCUCUCUCGCUCCCGAUUGUGUUUUAUGUGCACUCUCCUCUCAUUUGAUGGAGUAUAUUCUACUUGUAGACUCCCCCUUUCUCUUUCUGAGAUCUCCUAUUUUCCCCUCUUCUCUCCUCCAUGAAUAAGAAUCAGGUCGUCAGUCUGGAGAAAGUGAUGAGAUGUGUGGUUAUCUUAAUGAUACAUCCUGGUGCUCAGUCCCUAUCGAUUUUGCCCUCAUCUCUGUAAUGUGAGUAAUGAGGAGAGAGAUGCUGUGGGUCAGAUACAUAGGUGCUCACACCCCGAGGAUGUGUUUCACAUCACGUUUCCUCAGUAGAGAUGAGCCGAUUCCUUUUCAUGCAUCGCCAGCAGCUGCAGGAGAGGUGUUACUGUUCUGUGUGUCGUCUGGCUCGGAGUCCCGCUGCUGACUUUGUACUGAAGCAAAAAUCAAGAUGUGGCUGUUUUUAGAGACGUUGACUAUCCGCGACUGGCUGUGCACAGUGGUCUGUAUUAGCAAAGUGAUAAGCACUUGAAUAUUUUAGUUUCUCGCCUAAUUAACUGAAACAUAGUAUGUUGUUUAGGGCUGCAGUGGCCGACUGUUUUCGUUUGAUGAAUAGUUUGGUCUUUUAAAAUGUCAGAAAAUAGUGAAAAAUGCCAAUCACAGCUUCCCAGCACCCGAGGUGACAUUUUCAGAUUGCUUGUUUUGUAAAAACAACAGUCCAAAACCUAAAAGCAUUCAAUUUGCAGUGAUGUAAAACAGAGAAAAGCAGCAAAUCCUCACAUUUUACAAGGUGAAAUGUUGAAAUUUGAAAUGUUUGCUUCAUAAAUAAUUAAAAGGAAUAGUUUGACAUUUUGGGAAAUAAGAUUAUUCCCUUCCCUGCAGAGUUAGAAUCAGGUUUAUUGCCAAGACGGUUCUGACAUACAAGGAAUUUGCGUUGCUAAAAAAGCUAGUAGUGCAAGUCAAGAAGCAUAAAUAGAAAAUAGCAAAUAGAUAUAAAAUAUGGAAAAAGAUUAUUAUUUUUCGAUGAUAGGAUUGGCAUGCAUUUCAGGUCUGUACAAUAAGAGUGUAUCUGCAGUGUGUUAGCAUAGCUUAGCAUGAAGUGAAAGCCAAAGCAUAGAAAAAGACAAUUUGCUGAUUACUGGAGGUUUUGUGACAGACUAUUUCUUGACUUGAGGAAGUUCCUGAUCACAGCCAAGAAAUAAUCCAGCACAUAACCCCCAUAAAAUCUUGUUUUUACACUUACUGUAGUUUUCUUACAGACAAAAUAAAAUGAAUUGUAUCGAUUGGAGAGAUUUAAAGGUACAGUGUAUAGAUAAAGCCAGAUUUUUAGUUUAAAACAUGUAAAGAAGUAACAGUUCUGACAUUAUGUCAAAUACUUCUAUGUAUUGUGUUGCAGAAAUAUGCAGCAACAAUCCCCCGGUGCUCCGAGCUCCCGGCCUGGGCAGACUUCGUCAGUCAAUACGACCACUAGCUAUACGGUUUACUGUGCUAACUAGCUGAUAACAGCUAAUAGCUACAGCACAGAAUUCUUACACAUUGUACCUUUAAAGAUGCUGGUAUCUUUGCACAGGGUGGGACUAGCUGUUUUAUCCUGUUUCCAGUCUUUAUGCUAAGAUAAGAUAACCGGCUGGCGACUCCAGCUACGCGUUUACUGUACAGACAUGAUAAUUAUCUCAUCUAUCACAUCUAACUCUCAGCAAGAAAGCACAUUUCCCAAAACAUCAAACUUUUCCUUUUAAAUGAUUGAUCAGUCAUCAGUUGUUGCCAAUUCAUUUUCUGUUGGUCGACUAAUUGACUAAUCAUUUCAGCAUUAAUGUCGAUGUGUUA